AUGGCUGAAUCUGAGCGCUUGGUGUAUUUGAAAAACGGUUUGAAACAAUCACUGAAAAUAAAAGUUUUUGAAGGUGAGCCAAUAACGGUGCCAGACCUGAUUCGAAUUGUGAAAAAGGCCGAAGAAAUUCAACGGAUAAACGAUGACCAUCCUAAUGAGGAUGAUCCGGCAACAACAGCAGGUAUUCAAAAACAUGUCUCAUUCACUCCAGAGGAAAGAAGAACAAGUCGAACGCCAUCCCCGAAUCGGCAAGCAUCCCCAUAUCGUCACCCCGAUCACCCACAACGACGCGAUAAUGUGCAAACUUGUGUUCAUUGUGGAAGACGAGGACACCGGGUUGACGAAUGUUGGUCAGUAGUUGGUUAUCCGGCAUCAUCGAACGGGAACCGCGCAGGCGUCGAUUAUCGCCGCAAUAAUAAAAAUUUUCAAAAUGACUAUCAACAACAAAAUCGAUCAAUGAAUUCAAAUUUACGCGAACAAGAUUGGAACGAAGAUCAACAAUUAUAUCACAGCUAUUCGCAACAACAUGCCACCGACAAUCACAACAACAGUCGACGACGCCUAACCACACCACGACAUGAUAACCGGUCAGGCAGCCAGGAACAAAAAAACUAA